AUGGUCUACUACGCUUUCCUCAAAUAUCAACCUUCCGAGCCCAACUAUCGCUACCUUCUUACAGCUCCUGAUGCUGAGACCAUCGACGAGUGGUGGCGAGAGGCCUCUACCAAGUUCCCAGAGAAUGUCAAGCGUCUCGGCCCUGAUUUCUACUCUUGGGGUAGCGGCGCUCAGGCUUGGGAUCUGGCUCCAUCAUUCUUAAACAAGAUCAUAUACACUUUGCUAAAUGAUCGAGAUGGUCGUAUCAUUUCCAACUUCAGCCAGCCUCAAAGAGUCAGCGUCCUCAGUGGUGAUUCCUACUACAUUCGCUCCAAGACUAACCCUGAGCUAUACUGGCUUGAAAAGGGUGAUUUGAUCUAUGCGACCAAGCAGGGCCGCACUCGCUUCACCUUCCGCCUAGACGGAGACCGUGACAAUGACAGAAACAGAACCGUCAUCAUCGGCAAGGACUACAUCUCAGUUAGCGCAGUUGGGGGCUCUGCUCAGAAGUAUGUCAGCGUCAACGACAAUGGCGAGGUCGUCCUGAGUGGACACAGCUGCCGCAUGUACUACAGUGACUUCAAGAACAUGUAUCUUGCCCAGGGAGAGAUGGAUAACCUUGGAAAUGUUUCUCUUCUGAAGUCUGAUGGCUUUGGUGAGGAGUGGGAGCUCGUCAAAUAG